CCGUCGCUUCCAUCCAACGGCGCGGGCGCCGUCGCCCCCUCCAUCCACUGCUCCCUCACCAUCCAGCUCUGCCGUCGCUCCCUCCAUCCUCCCGCCGUCGUCCCUUCCACCACCGCCCCCGUCCCCUCCAUCCGCCACCGCUGUCGCCCCCUCCAUCCAGCGUCAUUGCCCCCCUCCAUCCGCUGCCCACUCCAGACUACAAACACUAAAUCAUCAAAUAGAGUAAGCAACUUAGUGCCUUGGUGGUGAAGAUGGCUGGGCAGUCCGACCCUCAUCUCUCCAUCUUCUCUCCCUCAGAGGUGGAGUUUGUGGCAGAGGAUGAGAUUGUUGAAAUUGUCCCCAACAUUCGCAUGGAGGCCCUUAACAUGAUCUGUGGGGAUUUCGGGCCCUUCUUCCCACAAAUGGCAAGCAAAGUGCCUCUUUGGCUUGCGGUUGCGCUUAAGAAGCGUGGCAAGUGUACCAUCCGCACACCUAACUGGAUGACUGUUGACCGCUUGACACAGGUAUUAGAUGCAGAAAGAGAGUCACCCAAAGAAUUUCAACCGUUACCAUUCCACUAUAUUGAAAUAUCUAAGCUUCUGUUUGAUCAUGCUCGUGAUGACAUUUCAGAUGCAUAUUUGGUGAGGUCAUUGAUUGAGGACAUCAGAGAUGUCAGAUUCCACAAGGUUGAGACUGGAUUGGAGACAAUAUCAGGCCGUACUCAUGCCGUAAAGCUCAAAAAUCUCUCCGCAAUGGAAGUGAAUAUCGUUCGUCCUUUCAUGGUGAGAACUUUACAAGCAUUCUAUAAGCAUGAUAGCCCACAGAUGAUUCAGCAAUCAGAUAAUAUGGGGAGCAGACCAACACCAGUUACAGACCGUGGUCCAAGGAGAGAUCUAAGGCGCAGGUAACAAGCAGGAUGUGCAUGUGACCCGUGUCAUUCCCUUGAAUUUUACUAUGUGUGGAUUCCCGUAAAUGAAGGUACUCGCUCAGCUUGCCUGCAGCGUUCUGUAUCUCACUAGCUAGAACCUAUCUUCGUUUCCUCAAUCUGGGAUGUGGACCAAAUUAUCUCUUAACACUAAUUCGUCGGACUAUUAUAUAUAACUUAGUUUUGUUCCGAGGAAGCAAAGGUAGUAAGAUUCAUCAAUUAUCUGUCACAAAUGGGAGAUUUCUCCAGUAUUCUGGAUUAAUAUAAUUUAUGUGAUGUAUUUUUACUGUUUCUGGCAUAACCUAUAAUUAAUAUUUUGGCUGUGUACACCCUAACAGGCCGGGUUUAAUAUAAUCCAUUAUC